GGAGGGCAGAGACUCUCAGGGAUAGACAGCAGGGAGUGGCAGUAAGGGAUAUCAGAGAACAGAUGCUGGAAAUAUCUGUACCGUUUCACUGCAAGCUAAAAACAAUGGUAAGAUGCAGGAAGUUCUUUGUUUCCAUCACUGCCAUUUUGACAUUAGUUGGGUUAAAAAUCUAUUUUGAUAUCAUGGAUGAGCUUCCAAUAUUCAGUGAACUACCACCUACUCCAUCUGAACCACUCAGGAACCCUCUUUUAAUUCUGGAACCUCUACAAGGCCAGGAGGAUGUUUCCAUGGAUACCCUCCAUGACAUGGCAAAUAAAUUAAGGAGACUACUUGUCACUUCAGACUCCUAUUGGAACACAAAUGAACAGCACCUUUUGGACUCAAAAGACACGAGAGCUUGGACAUGCAAGACACCAAAGGAACCAUUAAAAGAUCUUGCAACUUAUCCAGAACCUCUUCAGCUUUUCCUUCAACAUGGAGGCUGCAGAGAAUAUCAUCUCAUUAUAGAUCAGCCAGAUAAGUGCUCACACAACAGGACUUUUCUACUGUUGGCGAUCAAAUCCUCUCCACAAAACUUUGCCCAGAGACAGGCAGUGAGGAGCAGCUGGGGAACAGAAAGGAGUUAUGGUGGUCUAUAUGUGAGGCUUGUCUUUUUAUUGGGUGUAGCUCCAGGUCAGGACCUCUCGUCACUAAUAUGGUAUGAAAAUGGACAGUCUCAUGAUUUACUCCAGUGGGAUUUUUUAGAUACCUUCUUUAAUUUGACAUUGAAGGACCAGCUGUUCCUGGGCUGGGCCAGGCUUCGCUGCCCAGAGGCCAGGUACAUUUUAAAGGGGGAUGAUGAUGUAUUUGUAAGGACAUCAGAAAUUGUGCAGGAGCUGACCCUGCUAGGUGGGCACCAGAAUCAGGCUUUAUAUAUGGGUCAUGUGGUGUCCUCAGCAAAACCGUUUCGUGACCCACGUAGCAAGUACUAUAUUCCUCAUUCAUACUAUGCAGGGUCAUACCCACCAUAUGCAGGGGGAGGAGGGUAUGUGUUUUCUGGUGCCUUGACUCCAUGGCUGUAUCUGGUAGCUCAUUUUGUGACUCCUUUCCCCAUUGAUGACGUUUAUACUGGGAUGUGUUUUAUGGCUCUGGGAAUGAAGCCCACAGGACAUCCUGGAUUUCGGACAUUUGAAAUUCCUGUGAGGCAGAAGUAUCCUUGUUGCUCCAAAAAGCAUCUCCUAUUAGUGCAUAAGAAAAACCCACAAGAGAUACUGCAGAUGUGGAACAAACUCAGGGACCACGUGCAACAUUCCUGAGACAAGGUCAGCUAAUUUGAUUGCAGAUUCCUCUCAUACAUUUGCUGUUGAAUUCAUAUUGCAACUCCAGAACUUCCAUCCCAGCUUCCUACUGUAUGCAUUGCCCCUCUUGUCAAACACUUUGCUGUGUCUUUUAUUAAAAGAGAUAAUCUAUACUGUUGUUCAACAUAAGCCAAAUAAAACUGGUUUGUAUUAAAAAUCUGUAAAGCCCAUCCCUUUCAAUAAAAAACAAUACAGAGCUUUUAUUUUAAA